ACAGUGCUGUAACUAAAAUGAAGACAUGCUGCCUCCUUUGGGGGGAUUCUGAAGGUUUCUCAAAGAUACAACGCAGUGGCUGAGUGGGCUGGACUUCACUGGAAGGAGUCUUUUUGCUGGGGAAGUGGAGUGACUGUGGUUCUUUCCUCACUCUGCUGACUGGGACGUGCUGUGCGUUGUCAGGAUUAAGCCGACACUCAAGUCUGGGAUGGGCCUUGAGGACAAACACUCCCUGGUUUCUUCUGACUUUGGAAUUUGCCUACAGCGAAUCAACUAAGUCACAUAUCUGAUUUUGUUUUUUUCGCUGCCUGAGAAAGGCUAUGCUAUUUUUGAAUAGUUUUUUAUUUUAUUAAUAUUUUUCAUUUUCUUUGACUCAUUUUUUCUACUGGUUGUGGAAAAAAAAAGAGUCCUGCUGAUGUUGAUUUAAAUAAUGUCGAAACCAAUGGGACUCCUAUGGCUGCCUUUGAUCUUCACUCCAGUGUGUGUCAUGCUGAAUUCCAACUUCCUCCUAUGGAUAACUGCACUGGCUAUAAGAUUUACUCUUAUUGAUGGCCAAGCACAAUACCCAGUGGUUACCACAAAUUAUGGCAAAAUACGUGGUUUAAGAACACCUUUGCCCAAUGAAAUCCUUGGUCCAGUGGAACAGUAUCUGGGUGUUCCUUAUGCCUCUCCUCCAACUGGAGAAAGGCGAUUUCAGCCCCCAGAGCCACCAUCGUCUUGGACAGGUGUCCGUAAUGCUACACAAUUUGCUGCUGUCUGCCCACAGUACCUGGAUGAGAGGUCAUUGCUCAACGACAUGCUGCCAGUCUGGUUUACAGCCAAUCUGGAUACUGUGGUGACAUAUGUUCAAGAUCAAAAUGAAGACUGCCUGUAUUUGAAUAUCUAUGUGCCCACAGAAGAUGGAGCCAACACAAAGAAAAGCGCAGAUGAUAUAACCAGUAAUGAUCGUGGUGAAGAUGAAGACAUUCAUGAUCAGAACAGCAAGAAACCAGUUAUGGUCUACAUCCAUGGCGGAUCUUACAUGGAGGGCACUGGCAACAUGAUUGAUGGGAGCAUUCUCGCAAGUUAUGGAAAUGUCAUUGUUGUCACCCUCAAUUACAGGCUGGGGGUUUUAGGUUUUUUAAGUACUGGGGACCAAGCUGCAAAAGGCAAUUACGGAUUGCUUGACCAAAUUCAAGCUUUGCGUUGGAUUGAAGAAAAUAUUGGAUCUUUUGGAGGAGACCCAAAAAGAGUUACUAUUUUUGGAUCUGGGGCAGGAGCUUCCUGUGUCAGUCUUCUGACACUCUCUCACUAUUCAGAAGGUUUGUUCCAAAAGGCAAUCAUACAGAGUGGUACAGCCCUGUCCAGCUGGGCAGUGAACUACCAGCCUGCCAAGUACACUCGGAUAUUGGCAGACAAAGUCGGCUGCGACAUGCUGGAUACCACUGAUUUGGUUGAAUGCCUUCGGAAUAAGAACUACAAAGAACUCAUUCAACAGACCAUCACUCCAGCCACGUACCACAUUGCCUUUGGGCCUGUGAUAGAUGGAGAUGUGAUUCCAGAUGACCCUCAGAUUCUCAUGGAGCAAGGCGAAUUCCUUAACUAUGAUAUAAUGCUGGGUGUGAAUCAAGGGGAAGGUUUAAAAUUUGUGGAUGGCAUUGUAGACAAUGAAGAUGGUGUUUCUCCCAAUGAUUUUGACUUUUCUGUCUCCAAUUUUGUGGACAAUCUAUAUGGUUAUCCAGAAGGGAAAGACACACUCCGAGAGACCAUUAAGUUCAUGUACACAGACUGGGCAGACAAGGAAAACCCUGAAACAAGACGAAAGACCCUGGUAGCUCUUUUUACUGACCACCAAUGGGUUGCUCCUGCUGUUGCCACUGCUGAUCUGCAUGCCCAGUAUGGAUCUCCAACAUAUUUCUAUGCAUUUUAUCACCACUGCCAAAGUGAAAUGAAACCAAGCUGGGCUGAUUCAGCUCAUGGAGAUGAAGUUCCUUAUGUGUUUGGCAUUCCUAUGAUUGGCCCAACAGAAUUGUUCAACUGCAACUUUUCCAAGAAUGAUGUCAUGCUCAGUGCAGUAGUUAUGACAUACUGGACAAACUUCGCCAAAACUGGAGAUCCAAAUCAGCCUGUUCCACAAGACACAAAGUUCAUCCACACAAAACCCAACCGCUUUGAAGAAGUAGCCUGGUCCAAAUACAAUCCUAAAGAUCAGCUUUAUCUACAUAUUGGCCUGAAACCCCGAGUUCGUGAUCACUACCGAGCAACAAAAGUUGCUUUCUGGUUGGAGCUUGUGCCACACCUUCACAACCUGAAUGAAAUUUUUCAGUAUGUUUCCACAACAACUAAAGUACCCCCUCCUGACAUGACAUCAUUUCCUUAUGUUACCCGACGCUCUCCUGGUAAAUUGUGGCCAGCCACCAAACGCCCAGCAAUGACACCUGCCAACAAUCCCAAACAUUCAAAAGACACUCAUAAAACAGCUCCCGAGGAUACAACAGUUCUGAUAGAAAACAAGCGAGAUUACUCCACAGAGCUGAGUGUCACCAUUGCUGUGGGAGCAUCCUUGCUGUUCCUCAAUAUUUUAGCUUUUGCUGCAUUAUAUUACAAGAAGGAUAAGCGGCGUCACGAGACUCACAGGCGCCCUAGCCCCCAGAGGAACACAACCAAUGAUAUCGCACACAUACAAAAUGAAGAGAUCAUGUCAUUGCAGAUGAAACAGCUGGAACAUGACCAUGAGUGUGAAUCACUGCAGGCCCAUGACACGCUGAGACUAACCUGUCCGCCUGACUACACGCUUACUUUGAGAAGAUCUCCAGACGACAUUCCACUCAUGACUCCCAACACCAUAACCAUGAUCCCAAAUACAUUAACAGGAAUGCAACCUUUGCAUACUUUCAACACCUUCAGUGGAGGACAAAACAGUACGAAUUUGCCCCAUGGACAUUCAACCACUAGGGUAUAGCUCAGCCCUUCCCCCUCCCAAGCCACCUGGAAGAAAGAAAGAAAAAAAAAAAAGAAGAGGAAAAAGUUAUAAUACCAUUCAUUGAACAUCUUGUCCAAAUAUUAAGUAAAAACAAGUAAAAGAGAAGGACAGACAUUAUUUUCUUACUGUUCCUUCCCAAAGAAACUCUCUGAUGUUAAAGAUCAACUAUAAGCCCUGUGAAAUGUGAAAAGUGUACACUGCUGUUACAAUACUGCUUUAAGAUCUCAACCCCUUUAAUUGAAAGUUGAGGCCAGAAGAAGUCACUUAAAAUGGUGUUUUGAGCGUAAUGAGCAAAGCAGACUCUUCUGGAACACAGAGCCAGUGACUGUACAGAUGUUCUGGUUUUUUUUUUUGUUUGUUUGUUUGGGUUUUUUUUUGCUUUUUUGUUUGCUUUUGUUUGGUUUCUUUUUAAUAAAUAAAAUAAAAAAAUCUUUAUGUGCCAUACAAUGAAUGGCCCUUGUUAAAACAAAGACAUCACCAUGGGCUUUUACCCAGCAUAUGAAGCUGUAAUCCAGAUGGGGGAAAUAGAGUUUUAUUAUUAAUAACAAAAAAUGGAAAAAAAAAAAAGAGGAGGACUGACUAUGCAGUAAAAUACGUAUAGUUCUGUGCAAAGAGGUGACUUGCCAGCCUGAACUAUAUUUAAAGAAACUUUGUAAAAAUGUACAUAGAUGUGCGUUUAAAAACAACUACAAAAAAGAGGCUUUUAUUGAUGUUUUCAGUUUGAAAAGAGCUUUUAGAAAGAUUGUGCAUUCAGUUGUGACCUAUGUGUAUAUACAUUAGUCAUAUCACCUCUGUUUCCUCCGAGGCCAAAGGAGGAUUUUCUUCUUAAUUACUAGUGGUAAACAAAAAACAUGCAGUUUUUCUAACAUGUCAUUUAUAUGAGGCCAUGGUGUCAUGCAGAGGAUAAAGUUGUCUGUGUGACCUGCAUAUUUUCUCUUACAGGUUACACUAGUGCAUGUUAAAGUAUUCAUAGGAGAUUGCUGUUCUUUUCUGAAACCUUUUUUCUUUUUAAUAAUUUAAUUUUGUGUUAGCUUUUGUUAAAUUGCAACACAGCAAUGGAUAUGAAAAUGGAAAAUAAUACAAUCGAAAAAAACCAAUUACUAUCAUAAGCUUGUUGAACUGAACCAAGAGACAUCAAAUAAUAUAUGUUCAAAGAGUCCAGUUUGUAGUUCUUGGUUAUUGAGAUAAAUUAGGAAGAGUUUUGUGCCCUGACAAUAGCAAUGAAAGACCCUGUUUAUGUCAGCCUUUUCCGAGCAAAACUAGCUCUAUAUUCACCAGCAGUUGCAGAGGGAUCUCAGCUGAGAAAAUACCUCCUCAGCUUUGCUAAACAAAAGAAAAAGUGAAAUUUGAAAGUUGGGGAAAUGAUGGAUUGGUUGGAUGGCUGGUUGUUUUUUUUAAGUGUUCAGAAACUGUUUGGAAAUGAACAGUGUUUAAAGAACUUCUCUGCCCACUAUUCUGUUUUGCACUUAAGGGAAGAAUCUACCUGUCAGAAAAUACUUUACUGCUCUAUUGCACAGCAGUCCCAUUGUUAGUGAACAUUAUGGAAACAGAAGCCGAGAAGUCAUCAGAUGUUAUGCAUCUGAAUGUAAUUUCAAAUUCCGGAUAACAUCAUUGUCAGGAAAGUCAAAACUCUUAGCUGAUUCCCUUCUGCCCUUCCUUCACUGGGAAGAGCCUCACAGUGCUAUUGAACAAGGAACUUAGCAAUUUGAUUCAAACAACUGAUCUGAAUGUGAAAAGCUAAAAAUAAGUUCUCACAGAUGAAGCUUGCUUUGUAUUUUGUCUUAGAAAUUUACUGCGUCAUCAAGAGAUCGUAACCAAAGAUAUUUGAACAAAAUUGGUCUGCACUUGAACAUGGUUAUCCCAGAUGUAUUUUGUAUUAUAAUUUCAUGACUAAGCUGCAUCAAUACCAUAUGUCCCAUAAUAAUCUAACACAGGAUGCCUUGUACCUUUUUUGUUUUCUAUACUUUUUUUUUUUUUAAAUAAGACAUCUUGGAAUAGUCAUUCUGGUGAAUAAAGGUGACGAAGACAAAAUGAUUCACUGAAGUCAAUACAACUCCUUGUUGUAGCACGCAGUAAAGCAGAUUCUGAAGGAAAGAAAUAAAAGGAAAGUUAAUUAUAUGAUAAAAAAUGCAACAUGUGGCUGAUAUAAUCCCUUAUCUGUAAUAAAUGUACUAUUACCUGACCUGGAUGCUCAGGUUGGAAUGUGAUGAAGCAAGAAGCCCAAAGUACAAGUCGUAGCAAAUGGAAAACCGCCUUUUUCACUGAUCCAUCACAUAAUGUUUAUUAAUGCUGACUUUAGACCAGUCCAUUUCCACCACCUAUGUGAUGCCUCAGCUGAGAUGCAGCAGUUCAUAACGCUUAAAUAUUAAUUAAAAAAAAAAAAAGAAAAAAAAAGAAAAUAGCUAAAAAAAGAAAAAAAAAAUGGUAUUGAUGCUUGGCAUCAUAAUCAGUUGGGUAUGUUUGUAAUGUGAAUUACAGUAUUUGUUUAGUACUUCCAAUUGUCUUCUGCUAGCAAUAUGUACAGUACUGUGUCAGGCUUGUGACAUUUGGGUAAAAAAAAGUUCCUGUAAGUGAAUGAUUUUAGCUUUUAAAAGUAAUUGCAAUCAAGUUGAUUUAAUAAUUUAAUACAUCUGGACUGAUGUAUGAUUUAUAGAGGGAACAGAUUUAUAGGGUCUUAAUAGAAUUCUAUAAUAAUAAUAACAAAAUAUACUUUGAAAACUGUAAAAGAAAAACAAAAGUACUUUCCCGGGCUUAUAUUCUUGACCUUACGAGGCACGCAGGGUUUAAUGGUUUAUUCUGUUAUUGUUUUGCGAUCUUUUGUUUUUUUGCCUUAAGUAAUGAUAGAAGAUAUAUAUGGCUGGACACAUAUGUAUAAACUUUUCAGCAGCAUUUUUAAUAAUAAAUAUCACAGUAUUUUCUAAUGCUUUGUGCAAAGAA